AUGUCCUACCAGUUUCCUGGUUACGAUCCCCUGUCGGAGUUGCCACUCAGAGUGAUCAAGAGCAUGGAAAAACUGGGGGAGUUCUUUUGUUCGGGAUGCAAUCUGGGGCCAACGCUCUCGAGCGGCCUGCUGGAAUUCCGCAGCAAGGCCUUCAAGUGGGUGGUGCUCUGGAGGAACGACAUCUCUCGACUGGAGCCAAGAGCCAUCAAAGGUGCUAUCUCGAGUCAAAAUCCUAUGCGGGGUCUCACGGCCGACUCAGAGGUGAUACUCGCCGAAAACAACAUCGCAACAUUGGAUGAAGCCAUCUUCCGCCCCAUGCUGGAGGUGAUGUCCCUGGGAGAGGGCUACCUGGAUCUCAAGUGGGCUCUGAUCCGAGAGCAAUGGGUUCUCACAGCAGCACAUUGCAUCGUGGACUACGAUCCCUACUUCUUAGCCCGAGAUGCGAACGACUUACUCGUCUAUCUUGGCAAACACUAUCGGAAUGACUCCAGGGACGAUGGACUCGUGCAAAAGUGUCAGGUGGCACAGGUCUUCCCACACGACGGGAACAGGCUUCAGAUAUUCCAAGCGGACAUUGCACUGUUGAAACUCGAGGAACCAGCUAAGUUGACGGAAGGAGUUCAGCUGGUCUGCCUGCCCACCCAGGAAUACCUAUCGCAGCGCAAUGUAGAUCACGGAAGGAAAGGAUGGUUGGCAGGUUGGGGUCUCGACGGCUCAAAUUCCCCUUCUCGUGUCUUGAGAGACCUUGAACUUCAAGUGCAAUCUGCACCCACUUGUUCGCGUUAUACCGAGGAUGUCACGAGACGAUCCCCUGACCUCGUUGACACCCUCUUUUGUGCUGGACAGCUCAGAGAGAAUCAUACAGAUAUGGCAUCGAAACCCAGCCGAGAAGCUGUGAUUUACAUGUUUCAGCAAGGUCAUUCACCUGCAAAGAUCACCAAGGAGCUGAAACUGCCACGGUCAUCUGUGUACAAAGCCAUUGCCCGCUACAAGGAACUCGGUACAACUCAGGAUCGACCCAGAAGUGGCCGUCCCAGUGUCUUCAAGGAUCUUGCUCUUCGAAAGCGUGUCAAACAGCUUCUCGAUCGAAACCCGGAACGGAAGUGCCAAAUCGAAGAGAUGGUCGGGUUCCUGUUCAAGUAUAUCGUAGCGGCAGCCUUAGCAUUCGGGGUCUGCUGGGGAAUCCGGAGGCGAACCGGUUUCAGAUGGGUCAGAAACGAGGCCCUGGGAUUGAACGGACAAGUGCGACUGUAUUGGACGCCGAGGUUUCGCAGGGGAGAUAUCGAGGUCUUGUUCGUUGCUCCGAGCACGGGAUGGGUCGGAGUGGGUUUCUCCCCCAACGGCGAGAUGUAUGGGGCCGACAUGGUCAUGAGAGGAGUCAGCAACGGGACGGCCUAUUUCGCCGUGAAUCUCCCUUCUCUCAAGUAG